AUGUCUUCUGUAUAUUUGUUUGUUGCACGGUAUUCAUUUUCCGCUGACCACAAGCAAGUCUUAUUGUUUAAAGAAGGCGAUCAAUUUCUCCAUAUUCCCAGUUUAUCAAGUAAUCCUAAUUGGGCAUUAUGUGUGGACAUGAAGGGAAAUGUUGGUUUCGUUCCGUACACCUAUGUAUCAAACAAACAGAUACCAAAUCAUGAACUUUUAUGGAUUAUUGAUGAUUUGUUGGAAAAACUUCAUUCAGAUUCUACUAAUAGUACUUCCAAACUUACCAGAGAUGUGCUAAAAUUUUUCAGCGACGUGCAGACAAUUUUAUAAAAGAAUAGCUGUCCUGAAUUUCUCUUAUGGCCAAAAGGAGAGAGGCUUAAUGAAAGAAUUGUGGCUAGUGACAAACCAAACAUGAGUUUAGACACAAUUGUUGUCUCUCAUAGUGAUAAAAGACUUGAUCCUGAAAAAUGUGAAGAAAGUGACCACAAGAAUUCAUUUAGCUCCAAAAAGAAAUCGGAAAGCUCAGUGCCAAAUGAUUCUGUUCAUCAGAAAAGUGAAAAUACAUUGAAUUUAGGACCAAAUUCUGUAGUCAGCACAGUCAAAGAAGCAUCCACUACAAAAAGCCAUAAAAUCAUUGAAUCUCAAAGUUGUGAUAGCAUUUUAAAAGUUGUCCAUAGUUCUACGCAAACGGAUGAAAAUGAUCUUAAUGUUCCAUCAUGGUUAAUACCUUCACUAAUAGAAGGUGUUCGUCAUAAAACUCAGCUAAGUCAUGAAAAUUCAAAAGUAGCUAUUAAUGUAAUGUUAGAUACAUUUAAAGAUGCACUUCCUCAAUUUAAUACGAUGUGGAGUCAACUUAAAAGAACAUUAAAAGAUGAAGUAGCACAAGAAGAUACUGAUAAUAUUGUGCACAGUGAAGACAAAAGAAAACUCAUGGACAUCUUCAAACAGUUGUGGUAUUGCAAAAAUGAUGAACAACAACGCAGCUGGCCUGUUCAUGAAGAUGAAGAUCACAUUAGCUCAUUGUUGGUCGAUUUAAAUAAUAUACUGAUGGACGCAAAUCCUCGCAUCAGUCGGGAAGUGGUUCAAUGCCAUGAUUAUGAGAUGGUUAACUUAUUAGCUACAUAUUACCAAAUGGAACCGAGGAAAGCAUUAAGAAUAAAAAUGUUGCAUGUUUUCUUAACGCUAUGUGAAUUAGAUUUGACUGUAAUAACUCAUUUGUUGAAUUCAGUUUUACCUAUGGAAUUAGCGAGAGACAUUCAAGACAAUUUUGAAGAUGAAGAAAAAGUCCAAAAUUCUGCCUGUCUGUUAGCUGUUAUAUUUAGCACUGGAGAAAGACCACCCACUGGUACAUACGACUUUAUUAAUAAAAAGUUUUUGCACUUUUUAUUUGAAAAAUUUGAAGAGUUAGCCAAAGACGGGGAGGAAGACAUUGCGGAUAGUCUACUGAGCAUUAUACUUGCAUUUAAUAUUCAUUUCCAAGAUGGUCAGUUGAAUCUUGUUUUGGAAACAUUAAAGGGACAACAGUGUGCUCAGUAUUUGACAGAGAGACUAGUUUUUCUAAUAAAUAGAGAAGAUGAUCCUACCAAAGCCUUAUGUCCUGACGUAGAGAGCCCCAAUGCCGUUUUGAAAUUCAUGAUGGAUUUCUUUUCCAUUCCAACGUUAGUCGACCUGUUCUACUUAAAUGAUGUUAAAGUGUUGUUGGACAUAAUAGUGAGACAAUUAAGUGACCUAUUACCAGGAGAAAAGAAACGCUUAGAAUAUCUAUGCCUUGUGAGGAAUCUCGUUAGAAAUUCCAACUACAGUGAACAUAUGCACCAAAUCGAAGGUCUGCAGAAAUGUUUCCGUACAAUUUUAGGGCAAGAAGUUCCUGACGAAGCCGAAGCUGCUUUAGUUCUAGACAUCUAUAAGGAAUUUCCUUCUUGGUUUCAAGAACAGUAG